UCAUACUUUCCCCUUGACAAUUUUCAAUUCUCGGGGUUUUCUUCAAUUGGAAAUUUACUAAUGAAAGUACUCUUCAUGAUCAAUGUAUAACAAUUGAGUCGUCUUCAGUCCUCAUAAUUUUUCACUUCGAACACUCUUCCCCCUCUUCAUCCUCUUUGUUCUUUCAUAUCUGGGACUCUUCCACUACGGUGCACCAGACUUUUCACGACCCCUCUACGUUGAUAUGGAUGAGAUAAAGACCAGCUCAGUCGAUUUUGGUGGUGUCUUUGAUGUGGAUGAGUCCCUGGUCCCAGUGAGAGACCCCAAACAAGCCAGCCAAAGCAGUGUAAAUUUUGAUGGUUUACUGGCGACUCCUCUUGUUCUCCAGGAAGAUCUUAAAGAAGGCUGCGGAGGCCAGCUAUGGCCUGCGGGCAUGGUCCUUGCCAAGUACUUACUACGUCAGCAUCGCACUAGCCUUGCCAAUAAUUCAAUUAUUGAGCUGGGAUCCGGUGGCGGUUUGGUUGGACUUGCCGUUGCACAGGGCUGUCAAAUCGGCCCGUCGCCUGUGUUCAUUACGGAUCAAGCCCCGAUGUUACCCUUGAUGAAAACGAAUAUCAAGCUCAACAGCCUUUCACAUCUUGUUACAGCCAAGACGUUGAACUGGGGUGAACCUGUCCCUGACUACAUUCCAAAAACGCCUACGAUCAUUCUUGCGGCCGACUGCGUUUACUUCGAACCGGCAUUUCCCCUGUUGAUAUCGACCUUGAAAGAUCUUCUGGGUCCAAAGUCGAUCUGUUAUUUCUGCUUCAGAAAACGUAGACGCGCUGACCUCCGCUUCUUGAAAAUGGCGAGAAAAUUGUUCGAUUUUGACGAAGUUCAAGAUGACCCUGAUGCAGAAUCAUAUCGAAGGGAGAAUAUCUUCCUUUACACCAUACGACUAAAAAAUAGUCGGGAUGUUAUCCUAACUCAGCAGCGGUUCAAAUUUGCAAAACAGGAUUGCUCGAAUGGAAACUAAAUCACGUUGGCAACUCUUCAUUUUUUCCAAAUAGAUAGGAUCAUUUUCUGGAGCAUUUAUUACAAUUUUAAAGCAUGGCUUUUAUCCUUGGCACCUUCACCGAUUGUUUUCCCUUGAAUAUCAGUGACCUCGCCUUGUUUCCCAAUAACCUUGACUCCACCCCGCUUGAGGUCGGACAAAAGCUUCUCAGCCUCUGCCGCUUUUCCAGAUUGUUGCUUGUUUGUUAUAGAGCCGUGCUUUUGCUUCUUGUGGUCCCGCCUCAAUCUCGCCUUUUGUUCACGCGUCAUCUCUUCCUUAGAAAUUGAU